AUGGCGGAGGGCAGCCCCCGCGCCCUCCAGCACCUCUCUGUCACCCGCUGGUUAGCUGAUAAUUUCUAUUGGUGUGAAGGAUCCACUGUACCCCGUUGGCUACUAUAUGAAUUGUACAUGGAAAGCUGCAGUCCAAAUUCCAAGUGUCAAGUGAAUUCAUCCUCCUUUGGAAAGCUUAUUCGGUUAGUAUUUCCGGAUCUGAGGACAAGAAGACUGGGCACAAGAGGGAAUGCCAGCUAUCAUCAUGUUGGAAUAUCUAUCAAGAGUAGCUCUUCCUUUUAUGCACGUUAUUGUUCUCUUCUGUCCGAAAAAGAUUAUCACAGGCACUGUUCUCCAGGGAAAGCCAGCAGCUCUGCCUGCCAGCCAAGCACCUCUGCAGGCACCAGUGGAAAUGCCUGCAGUUCUGGAAGUGCAGCUGGUUACAUGAGCAUCAAGAAAAAAAAAAGAACAAAUUUGCACUGUUCUCCAUCUCUCAUUUGUCUGAGGACUGAACAAGACCAAUACCAAUACCCUUGGCCUGGAUUAAGUACAUUCUACCUUUUGGAGCAACAGGUGGGAGACUGUAUCAUGGCAUUCUGGAGGUCUCUGCAGCCUGAAAAAAUAGCAGUGAUGGCCUCACCAGAUGUAUGCCAGCUGUUCAAAAGCUAUGAUAAGCAGCUAUUCAAGGAAAUGGAGAACAUCCUACUUCCUGAUUUCUUGGAGGAGGUGCCUGCGCAAUAUAUGGAAUCAAUCAGAUUGUUCAGUAAAAAUGUUGAACUUUGGCUACUUACUGCCUUGAAAGAGUUUCCAUUAUUACUUCAAACAUCAAAAUAUAAAGAAGUUGCAGUGUUUAUUGGAAGACUCACAAGAAAGAAAGACCUUUCUCACGUGGCCAAGACAAUGAGAAAAGUCUUGAACAGCAACAGCGAUGUCACUGUUCUGCGAUCAGACUUGCAGACUGUCAUCAAUAAGGAAUUUCUGGAUGUGGCUGGAAACCUCUGUCGAAAGGAGCUUAGGAAUCUUGAGCACCUGCAGAACAACCUAGAACUCAAAUGUUUGAAUGAUUUAGCAUCUUUGUUGGCACCUUCCAUAGAUAUUCAGGUUCUCCUGAGCUGUAUGUCUUCAAAUCUGCAUACUUUUGUCAUUCAGCCGAGCAGGAAUAAAGAGGAGUUUAGAAAACUGGCAUCAAAUUUCCAGCUGAGAUGGAACUUCCUAUUGAGUGCAGUUAGCAAGACUAUGACACUUAACUAUGCAGAGAGCUUUGGAUCCUGGUAUUUGUUCAACUUGCUACUCAUGGAUUUUGCGGCUCACUUUCUUCUGUCCUAUAUAGAGGAGGAGGGAGAUGAAAGUUUCUGGGUUGCAAAGCAAAAUGAGUCCUCUGUUCUGUCAGUUUAUGGGCCCAGUGAUCUCCGUGUCUGUUUGGCACAGCAGCAACCUCAAACCAGUGCUCCACAGACAGCUCUCAUAACUUUAAUGCAGAGCCAGAGUAACUACGGAGUAGGCAACGUUUUUCCAGAGUUCUGAGUUAUUUGGUGGACACAGCCACAGGCAGCAAGCUCAUCCAGGUCAUUUUGCAAGAGCGAAUUACUAAAACCUUUAUUAAUUUGGAUCUUGGACUUGGAAAGGAAGCACUUCUUAAACAAAAAUAUGGACAGACACCUCUGAUGAACAGCAAAUCUUCAGAGAAAACCAGCCCGAGUCGAAUUUUUUUUAUGCUAGACCAUUCUUAAUUUUUGUUACAAUUUUAAGAGAUACUGUUUUCAUUCUGUUAAAUUUAAGAUAAUUUUCUGGAAAUACUAAAUGCAAAACUGGACCAGCAACACAGUUAUUUUAAGUUGUCAGGUGAUUUGUUUGUUCAUCUUUAUUUGAAGAAAUUUUCAAAAGAAGUUGAAGUAUUUGUGGGUUGGUUUUUACCUAUAUUUUGUCCUUUUAUAGUCAUUAGUAAAGCUGAAGGCCCCACCUGAAGUCAUUGUGGUAAAUGUAUCUGGAAGCUACAGAAUAGAUGAAUGACUCUUGUGUCAAUGCUGCUUCGUGUCUACCAUGCAUAAUUUAAAGUUUAUAUUUAUUGCAUAUAGAACUUAGUACUAAUUCUAUGUCUUGAGAAAGUCUUGCAUUGUUUCCCAUUUCUGCAGGAUACAAGAGUCAGUAUCUCAUUUAAUUCUAUUAACUGAAAUA